UCAAGGGGCGGGGACUAGUCCUGUGAGACUCGGACAGGCACGGAGGCUGAUAGAGAGGCGAGAGGGUAGCGAGGGGCUUGUCACGGGGAUCCGGGCGACUGGGCAGCCCCGGUAGUGUCUGGGGAGUCCCCGGGGGAGACAGCCAGCGUCGCUGCCUGGGAGCCCCGACGCCGUCGGCCGCGGGGAACCCCGCUGCUCUCUCUCCCAGCGAGGGAGGGGGCCGGAGGGAGCCCCGGUCUCGCCCCGCCCCUGGGCUUGUUACCGCGGGGGCGGGGAGUAAGGGUUUCUUCUUGGGGGGAGUGGAGAUCGGGGGACUCGGCGGUGCCCUCUCGAGCGGCGGCCGUGUCCCCGCGGCGCCGGGCUGCCGAGCGGAGGAGCGGCGGUCGUGGCUGUUGCAUGUGUGGCUGCUGGAUGCGGAGGCGGCGGCGGCGGCGGCGGCGAGGAGCAGCAGCAGCGGCGGCGGCGGUGGUGGCGGCGGCAGGAUGUUAGGGCAGCAGCAGCAGCAGCAGCUGUACUCGUCGGCCGCGCUCCUGACCGGAGAGCGGAGCCGGCUGCUCACCUGCUACGUGCAGGACUACCUGGAGUGUGUGGAGUCGCUGCCCCACGACAUGCAGAGGAACGUGUCGGUGCUGCGGGAGCUGGACAACAAAUACCAAGAAACGUUAAAGGAAAUUGAUGAUGUCUAUGAAAAAUAUAAGAAAGAAGAUGAUUCCAACCAGAAAAAACGCCUACAGCAGCAUCUCCAGAGAGCGUUAAUCAAUAGUCAAGAAUUGGGAGAUGAAAAAAUUCAGAUUGUCACCCAGAUGCUUGAAUUGGUGGAGAACCGAGCGAGACAAAUGGAGCUGCAUUCGCAGUGUUUCCAGGAUCCUGCUGAAAGCGAGCGGGCCUCAGACAAGUCGAAGAUGGAUUCCAGUCAACCCGAAAGAUCUUCUAGAAGACCUCGAAGACAGCGGACCAGUGAGAGCCGUGACUUAUGUCACAUGACAAACGGGAUUGACGACUGUGACGAUCAACCACCGAAAGAAAAGAGAUCCAAGUCCGCCAAGAAGAAGAAGCGCUCCAAGGCCAAGCAGGAGAGGGAGGCAUCCCCUGUUGAGUUUGCCAUCGAUCCCAACGAACCCACCUACUGCUUGUGUAACCAAGUGUCCUACGGGGAGAUGAUAGGCUGUGACAAUGAACAGUGUCCCAUUGAAUGGUUUCACUUUUCUUGUGUUUCACUCACCUAUAAACCCAAGGGGAAAUGGUAUUGCCCAAAGUGCAGGGGAGACAAUGAGAAAACCAUGGACAAAAGUACCGAAAAGACAAAAAAGGAGAGAAGAUCGAGGUAGUGAAGGCCAUCGGUUUUAAAGGGUUCUUUGUCUUUUAUAGAAUUGGUUUACUUUCCGAAAAUGUUUUAGGGUAACUGCAUAAGACUAUGCAAUAAUUUUUAAUCAUUAGUAUUGAUGGUGUAUUAAAAGUUGUUGUACUUUGUCUGUGACCUUAAUUUUCUGCACUGAAUUACCAAAUAUUUUCAGCCAGGUAGUCUCUGUGAAGACCUAAUGAAAGGAGCAGGCAGAGAGGCGUAUGAAUGAACUGCAAGCAGCUUCCCAAGCCACGCCUAUUCCACCCCCACCUUCAACUCUCAUGCUGUUUGGGGGGGGGGGGUAAACCCAAAAAGUUUUGCUAACAUUUUAUUUUAGUUCUGUGUGCUUAAGAAUUUUAUGUAUUGUUGGAUUUCUGUGUCAAAUUCUCUUGGUGAUUUCAAACAUGAACACUAUUCUGUUUAGAGAUUCUUAUUGCCUCCAUGUCUUCAGAUACUUGUUAAAUCUCUAGUCUCCCAGAAAUUCCAGGAACUAGAGACAGCAGUACCCGUGCUCCCACAUGGACUUCCUGGAGUGUCUGCUGCUGUAUUUUCUUGGUAGCUUUUGUUACCUGUCAGUUGUAGCAUCUGUAAAAGCCCCUGCUUCUUCAGAACAGACACACCUCAUCUAGUGUUUAAUAAGGGACUCGUUUUGUUUUGAUCAGGACACGUAAGACUAGUUAGAAAUACCAAAAAAUGUUGCCACUGCCUCAUACUGGCAAGAUGUGGAUGAUUUUGCAUCAUGGUUCAAGGUUGAACAAUUUAAAGGUGUAUCUUAAUAUUUUCUAUGUGACCCACUGCUGGGAUGUUUAGCCACAGACCCAUCAGUGGGAAAAGGGCAUAGAUUAGUCUUUAAAUAAUGCCUUUUCUGUCAAACAGUUAUUUUAAAUAGUUUUUUUCUGGGGGCUAGAGUUUAUUUUUACCCCCCAGUGAGUAAUUUUACAUUAUUUUAAAUAAUAGUAUAUUUACCUUAACCUCGUGGUAUUGGUGCUGUUUGAUGUUUUCAUGUUUAUUGAACUAAUUUCAUUAUAACAAUACGAUUAAUAAUGUAUUUGUAAAUUGAAUUUUCCAAGAUUUUGAUAUUUUAAGGUUAAGCAUCUUGGUGGAGCUGUGACCAUGUGUGGGAGCAGUUUUUGGUUAUGGAGAGCAGCAGACGGACUAGUCCUUUAACCUCUCAUGCAGCUUCUGUCUUAGUUGUCAUCUUUUCUUCCUAAUCUGAUAAUCUUGGUUCUUGUUGAUUAACAUGUGAAAAAUCCUAUCUGCUUGUUUGGAAAAAAAAAAAAGAAAGAUGUUUUUUUCUUCUUCAAGCUCUCUGUGUGACUUAGGCCCUGUCAUUUCACCUUACCUGAAUGUCGGGUGAUCGAUCGACCUAGAAAAUGAGUUGGCUUAACCAUCUGCAAGGGCCUUUUGAAAUUUCAGUGUUGUGCCGUGGUGAACGAUUUUAACAAUGAAAUGGCUUGCUUUUCUCUUUCAUUAAUGUCCUUCAUCCUGAGGUAUGAUGACAGUUUUAAGGGCGAGCUUAGAGGCGGG